AUGCUGCUGCACUGCCUGAUUCUUCUCUGCUCCAUCAUCAGUGGGCGUUUGACACCAUCGAGACCCUGUACAGAUCUGCUGCCACUUGAUCUCCUGCAACGGGUCCUUCCGGCUGGAGGGGGAGUGCAGGGGCGCGUGCGGAUGGUGCAGUCCCAGGGCUCCCGGGGCGUGGCGUUUGCCGGCCCUCCAAACAGGCUGAGCUUCCCAGCAGCUCAGCUCUUCACCCACUGCCACUCCUUCCCUGCCGAAUUUUCCAUCGUUCUUACCCUGAAGAUUCCACGAUUGCUCCGUAAUAAGGAUGAGUAUAUCUUCACUCUCCUCCGAGGCAAGUCAGAUCAGCUUUUGGUAGGCAUGCGACUGUCCUACGACAAACUCCACUUCCUGCAGCAGACGCAGGGCACCACCAGGCGGGUGACGUUCAGGGCCGUGGGUGUGGCAGAUGGUCACUGGCAUACGCUGGUCCUGGCAGUGACAGGACGCUAUGCCAUACUCACCCUGGACUGCAACGCUCCCCUCGAGCUGCAGAUGGAGAAACCUUUUCCUGAGGAUUUAGACACUAAAGGCUCCACAUUCUUCAUAGGCAGCAGAAGAAGAUGGAACGGUUUGUUCUCUGGUCUGAUGAGACAACUGGUUCUGUGGCCUGGUUCUGACGCUUCAACACGACUCUGCCCUGCCUCUGACCCAAGACUGUCUGUGCUCCUGGUCCCACAGGUUCUGUUAUACCUAUCAAUCAAACCACCUGCCAAUCAGCUUCCCCUUUACCCCUACGAGGCUGAGGUGCGGAUUUCACUGCGGACGCCCCCCAUCUGUGGUAGCACAGAGGAGGGUCAGCUGUGGUUGAGCCCCCUGCAGAGAGCUCUGUACCUCUGUGAUGGCAUCAUGUGGAUCACUGUGCUGCAUGAGAAAGAAAGGCUGGACUACCUGGAGGAUCACCAGGACGUCUUCACCAGCUCCGAGACGUUCGACGUCGAGGUGUUCCACAUCCCGUUUCAGGGUAUUUUCAUUGCUACAGCCAACCGUGACUCCAGCCUUGGAUCGGCCAUCUACAGGUGGACCAACGGCAGGUUUGAGCAGUACCAGAACAUCAGAACAUACAACGCGCAGGCCUGGAAGUUCUUUACGGUGGGCAACAAGAGCUUCCUGGUUGUUGCCAACUCCAGAGCAGCCAGCCCUGGUGAGCGGGAGUUCUCCGUCAUCUAUAAGUGGAGUGAGCGUAAGCUGAGGUUUGUGGCCUACCAGAUGCUGCACACCUACAGCGCUCGUGACUGGGAAGCCUUCCAUAUCCACCAUGAGGCCUUCCUCGCAGUGGCCAAUCACAGGCAAGGGGAAAUGAACCACAAUAUUGACAGUGUGAUCUACAAGUGGAACCCAAACACCAAGAUGUUUGAAGUGAAUCAGACCAUCGCCACAUCCGGAGCAUAUGACUGGGAAUUCUUCACUAUCGGGCCAUACUACUUCCUGGUGGUCGCUAACACCUUUAAUGGAAAGUCCACAGACAUCAACUCCGCCAUCUACAUCUGGACUGGAGGGUCCUUUCAGACACUCCAGCUCAUUACGACCUUUGGGGCAGUAGACUGGGAGAUGUUCCAGAUCGGGGGCAGAGUCUUCCUGGCUGUAGCUAACAGUCAGCAGCUGGACGAUGCAGGUUCGGUUCUCUACACCAUCAACUCCACUAUCUAUGAACUCAAUAUCACCUCUCAGAGGUUUGUGAAAUUCCAGGACAUCACAACGAGCAGUGCUCUGGACUGGGAGUUUUUCACUGUGGGUGAUGAUAAAUUCUUGGUGGUAGCCAACUCCUAUGAUGGGAAGUCCUAUUCACUGAACAGUGUUGUGUACAGAUGGCAGGGCUAUGAAGGAUUUGUCCCUGUUCACAGCGUGCGUACUAACGGCUGCAGAGAUUGGGAGUUCUUCCGUUCAGCAGACAGUUCCUACCUCGUGUCCUCCAGUGCUAGAACAGCCUUCUCCAAAGUCCUCAAACUGAAGACCUACUAG